AUGCAAAGUCAUCAAAAUCCAAUGUACCAUUUAAUGAACAUCGAUAAACUACAAAAUAGGAAAAAUAAAUUGGUGAAAGCAUUGAUUGCAUCUGCUGCAUCCUUGAUUGACAUCAGUGAAGAAGAUGUUCUUAACGAUGCUUUUUAUCUCGCAUCUCGGGAAACGUUCACCUAUGCUGUCCUAUUUGAUGAGUCGCUCAACUCACUUCCAAUUCACGCACAAGCAAUCAUUCACUUGAAAAACAAGUGGAAGUCAUGGGAAUCUACUGGUAUUCACGCUCAGGAAGUAUCGAGAUGGCAAAGUUUCACAAUGGAACAACGGGCAAUUAUUCAUCAUAUAUGGACACUAGUUAUCCCAGCCAAAGGAUCAAUACAUCCACUUGAUGGCCUAUUCGAUGCUACUCAUCGAAAUAUGAAAGCUAAAAUGGAAAUGAAUGACAAAGUAGUAACAUGUAUCGAUGCCUAUUGUCAACAGGCAAGUGACAAAGAUGCGUAUUAUGAGUUAGUUCGACAAUGGCAUGAUCGUUUUGACAGAGAAGUUGUUAAGUCGAUAGAAAUAUCACCAUCGCUGAAACGUAUUGUCCCAUUCGCUGAGAAAUUCAAUCAAUUUGCAAAUGUACGCAGUUGGCGAGCAUUUCUCAACCAGCAAAUGACCAUUUAUGCUGUCAAAGGGCCACUUCAACGGCAACCGAUGGCGGCCAAUAAGCCACAGAUUGAGAAUAACGCGCCACUACAAGAUGAACCAGCAUCACCUGAUCAAAUUCAAGUGGAGAUUAGAAAUAUGACCGCAGAGCCGGUAAAGUUUAAAUGCAUGAAGAUUCUUGAAAUGGCUGCUCAGUUUCUUGACCUAUUCCAGAAGAAGUUGCAAGAUAUAUGCGCAUCACAACAAACAAAUUCAAUUCAAAAUAUUAUUCGCAUAUUUCCGGAUAUUCAACAAGCUGAAAAUGAUCUCAACCAGCUACAGCCAUUGCUUGAUCCUUUAGCUCUACCACAACUUCUUUCGAUCGUUUCAUUCUGGAAAAAUUCUUCACGUAUUCAUCAUAUCUGUAAAGGUUUAAGUUUCUUGAGCAAAGCAGUUUCUGCCAGUAUUGAUUCAGCAUUACUUGAUAGUGUUUGCGCUAUAAAUGAGAAAACGUCAGGCGGCGAAUGUGCUCUUACUUAUGAAAAAUACCGAGAUGAAAUCGAGAGACCACUUUCUGACAAUAUGCUGACACUCUUUUCCUACUACAGUUCAUCGUCAGAUCUGUUUGAUUUUCUUGGUUCACUUUCUAACGAUGAAGUUUACAAUUUGCAAGAGGCUGUCAAUGAUUGGGAGGAAACAUUAGUGAGCACGAAGAUCGUUUUUGAAUUUGCUACUGUCAAGAACUUUGUUGAUCGUGCUUAUGAUACUUUGAAAGUCAAACAUCAGGAAUUGAAAAAUACACCAUUACAGCUUAAUGAUAUUGUCACUGGCUUCGCUAUCACAUGGAAAAAUGAGCAAUUCACAGAUCUACUUACAUACCUUGAAUCAUCAUCAUUGGCAUUAUCUAGCAUCAAACGUAUCCAUUUAGAAUUAGUCGACAAAGAGCAAUCGAAACGACGUCGGAUUGCCGAUAUUCUACAAAAGUCUACUGUGUAUUUUGUUCGUAUUGGACAUAAUGAAACAACAUUCGAUGUCAAUGUAGAACUUCCAUCUCAACAGACAACUACAAUCAAUGAAAAGAAACAAAAAAAAAUAAAAUGGGCCGAUCUAAGUGAACUUCGUGACCGUGCGCGUCUUCUUGAAUAUUCAAGUAAUGUGAAUAAAAGAAAUUUGGCAGAAGCCGAUAGUGAGCGUGAAAAAGAAAGAUUACGCAAUUUUAUUCAAUUCGCCAGCAUCGUCGAAUCUACGAUUGAAAUUCUGACAAGUUUAUAUAUUGCUGGCCACCCAUAUGUUUCAGAUUUCCUUGCCAAUCAGACAUCAACUUCAGAGUUCCUUGUUGGUCAAACAAAGUUUUCUAGCAACGAUGGAUUAUAUGAGGAAUUAAGAAAGUAUAAUCAAGAACUUACUAAUUUAUUCAGUGAUUGGGAAAAGAAAUUGUGUACCAUGUAUGAGACUCACAUUAAUUUGACUUACUUCUCGGGCAAUCAAUUGUGGCAAAUCGAAGAUUAUAUUUAUCGUCGGUCUUCUUUUUCUCAUCCAGGAUAUCAUCUUCUCAAGUUCAUUGGCACCGAUCCUAACUCUAUCAAGAAACCAAAUAUGAAACAAUCGAGUCCAGAAGAUCGAUUAGAAAAUCUCGGACAUUUACUUUCACGAGGACAAGAAAUUUUUGCUCUGAAACAAGAAAGUCUAAAAAUGAAAAAAUGCUUUCUCGUCGAAACCACAAAUGAAGGAAUUCUUCGUGGUAUUCUAUCAUUGUUUUCGUUGACAAAAACUGAACCUUCAGUUUAUCGUAUUCUUUAUUGCACUCAACGUACGAAUUGGGUUCAAGUACGUGGAUUCAUUUAUCGCUGUUUUCAUUCCAAAUCAUUUCAUCAACUCAUUCGACCUGAACUUCUUUCACAGUCUGUUCAAGAUAAAUUUAUUAGCUUAUUACGUAAGUUAGUGGAACAGAAAUCGUUUAAUUUUUUUCGAAUGGGAAUUAUUACAACUAAUCCACCAGCGGAACAACACAUGAUCAAUGGACUUCAAUCGAUGCAAAUUCUUAAUAUUCAUCGUGAUAGUGAAUUGCUUAACAAGGACGAUUUUGCUAAAACUCUUGAACAAAUGAUUCGUGGUUGUCGUUUGUUCACAUCACGAAUUGCUGGCCUUGGAAAAUCGAGUGCGAUUCGACACAUCGCUAAAGAGUCAAACAUGACUUAUGUUAAGUUUCCAAUAUCUGGUGAUUUCGAUGUUGAUAUAUUAGCUGAAAGACUUAGCUCAAAAUGUUCUCAAAUUCGACAACUAGCCAUUCAUCUUGAUAUUGGAUCAAUUCAUAACAUCCAACAAUUGAACGAAGUUCUUUAUUGUCUUCUUCUAUUUAGAAGUUUUCGUUUUGGACAAGUAGCUGUUUCAAUACCUACAGAUACUUCAAUCUAUAUCGAACUUGAUGCAUCACCUCAAUCCAAUCUAAAUGAAAUAUCACUUCUUCAGCACAUCCCAUCGUUGGCACAUGUCGAGUAUAUUGAUUGGAACAAUAUAAAUGUGAAAAAUUCGGAAAUUCAGACCGUCGCAAAAUAUUUACAGGCAAUCGAUACAGGAGUUAUCAUCAAGCAAGAUGUUGAUGUUUCGAGUAUUAAAGAAUUGGAUGCAAUAGUGCUCUCUCGUCUCAUUCAAAACUAUUUUCUUCAAAAUAAAAAUUUGGAUUUUAUUACAUGGACCCAAUUGUCGAUCUUCGUAGCCGUUUUCUAUCGUUUAUUCAUAAGUUUCUCCCUUUGUAGUUUCUUUUCUGUCAAAUGGGUUCCUCGUCCAGAACUGCGUAUGGAUCUUGUUCUAACUUUACUUCGAUCGUCAAAUCAAUUCACGUCUCUCUCAGUUGAAGCUGUUCGAAAACAACAACGAGCGGUAGCAACUAAUACACCAGAAGAAUUCAGUGAUGCCAUCGUCCGGUGGGACACAGCCCAACCUUUCAUACUAAUUUUCACAGAUACUCAUGAACCAUUAUUUAUAUAUAAGAGAACAAAGGAUAUUCCUCCAGCACUUAUCGAAUAUUUUAAAACUUAUUAUCAAGCAACAGGACAAAAGAAAGAACUGGCAGAAAAUAUCAUGUUUCCUGAUUAUGACAAACUUAGUCAUGUAGAAUUCUUUAUCAAAUUAGCAUCACUAUCAAGAAAAUAUUUCAAUAAAUCAAUUUGCCCGAAAUGUUUUCGACAGCAUGAAUAUAAAGAUAGACAAUGUGCACGAUGUGUUAAUGUUGAUCUUAUUCGGCCUGCAUCGUUCAAUUAUUCUGAUGUGAUGAUAUUUCAAAUUGGCAUUGCAGAAAUGCUAAAAACUGAAUAUGUUCUUACACCGGAUAAUUUUGUUAAAAUGCUUCUUAUUUACAUGCGAGUGCAAAGUGAAAUUCCUGUUUUAAUCAUGGGCGAGACAGGCUGUGGAAAAACGGCUUUAAUUCAGUUCUUAUGUCAAAAGAUUCUCGACGAUGAUCUUGAAGUUUUUCGUAUGCAUGCAGGCGUGGAAGUGGAAAAGUUAAUCACAAUUGUACAAUCCUAUAUAAAACAAGCUCAAGAAUGUAGAACUCGAAACAAACGUUUGUGGGUCUUUUUUGAUGAGUUCAAUACGACCAGCAAUAUCAGUCUUCUCAAAGAAAUCAUCUGCGAAAGAACUCUCCUCGGCGAACCAUUACCAUCUAACAUGGUUUUCUUAGGCGCUUGCAACCCGCGACGGAAUAAAACAAGUAAAAUUCUAAUUAAUGAAGAUGCGCAAAUCGGAUUAAGACAAACUCGCUAUGAAAUGCAGAAACUUAUUUGUGCAGGUACCGACCGACGACUUUUGUAUACAGUAGUACCUAUUCCAGAAACAAUGCUUGAAUAUAUUUGGGACUACGGAUAUCUAAAUGAACCAACCGAAAUAGCCUAUAUUAAAACAAUGCUAAAUACCUGUCGUGAACUUUCGUCCGAGCCAAAUUUGCUCAAUCUAACCGUUGAUCUUCUUGUGAAUUCUCAAAAACAUUUUCGGGAACUUGAAGAUGCUAGUAGCGUGAGUCUUCGAGAUAUCGCUCGGUUUUGUCGUUUAUAUAACUGGUUUUUGGAGUCAUUAAGCCAACGUUCUCAAGCAGCUGAACUAAAAAGAAGUACUCAAAGCUUUCUUCGCCGAGCGACUUUUAUUGCGUUGCUACUUUGUUAUUAUUUCCGAUUGCGUUCUGCUAAAUUACAGCAACAAUAUAUCGAAAAGAUGCAAAUAAUUAUAGCACAAGAGUAUCCACUUACUAAACAGAUUCCUAAUUAUUUGACAAAAGUCAUCCUUGAACAUGAGCAAAAGAAAUUAAUUGAUGAAAUGAUGGAAUUACCAACGGGUACAGCUCCUAAUCGAUCAUUGCGUGAUAAUAUAUUUGUUCUCUUUGCUUGCAUUAUCAACCGUAUACCUCUGUUCUUGUGUGGCAAACCAGGCAGCAGCAAAUCAUCAGCAGUUCAAAUAGUAAUCAGCAAUCUCAAAGGCAAAAAGUCGAAAGAUCCAUAUUUUCAAACCUUGCCUGAACUUGUGGCUGUCUCGUUUCAAGGUUCUCAAAAUUGUACGUCAGAGAGUAUUAUCAAGGUCUUUGAACGUGCUGCAAAUUAUAGUCCAGUCAAGAGUAUAUCUGAAUUGUUACCAGUAAUUGUUUUUGAUGAAAUUGGCCUUGCCGAACUUUCUCCACAUAAUCCAUUGAAAGUAUUACAUGCUGAACUUGAAGUUGAAAAUAAUCGAUAUGGAUUUGUUGGUGUAUCUAAUUGGAGACUUGAUGCUUCGAAAAUGAACCGAGCGCUUUAUUUAUCGACGCCAGAUCCGAAUGUUCAAGAUCUGCAACUCACAGGUAAAGUAAUCUCUGACAGUAUGCAGCAACAGUCAAACGUACAAAUAAUUCAAUUUGAACCAAUCAUUAUAGAAGGCCUUUCGCGAGCCUACUAUGAUCUUUAUGAAAUUCUAAAAGAAACACAACCUGAUCAUCAAAAUUACUUUGGCCUUCGGGAUUAUUAUUCUCUGAUCAAAGGUAUUCUUCGUGAUUUAAUGGUAAUGAAACAUGAAACAAAAUUGUACGAAAUUAUUCGACGUCAAUUGAAAGUUAAUUUUGAUGGUGUUCUUGAUGGAUCAUUACUAAUGUGGCAAAAGUUUUGCGAACAUAUCCAUAGACAAAAUCUCUUUAACGAAUACAAUUGUCCACCAUUUAAUCUUCUUCUCGAUCAAAGUCUUAAGGCUCGUAGUGGUCGAUAUCUUAUGCUGAUAGGGGAUAGCGAAAGUGCCAUUGAUUACGUUGAACGCUUUAUUAAUGAUCAUCAAAAGAAAUUGAAUGUGGGAGUACGUACGCUUGUAGGCAGUUCAUUUCCUGGUGAUUUACUUUCCUUAAAUACAUAUGCUGAACAAUACAAUUAUCGAGUUCUAAUGGAUGUCAUUCUCUAUGCUGAGACAAACAUUACUUUAAUCAUGCGUCAAAUGGGUCACGUAUACGAUAAUCUUUAUGAUCUUUUCAACCAAAAUUUUGCAGUAUCGGCUAAAAAGAAAUAUUGCCGUAUUGCUUUGGGUGCACUCUACCAUCCACGCUGUCUUGUUCACGAUGAUUUUUAUUGUGUUGUUUUUAUUCAUAAACGAGACGUUGACAAAUGUGAUCCUCCAUUUCUCAAUCGUUUCGAAAAACAUUUGAUUGAUAUUGACGCUUUAAUUCAUCCACGGCAUAAGUCAGUGACCAAAGACUUACAUAGGUGGCUUGAUAGUUUACUACCAAAGAAUAUUGGAAAACAUUUUCCUCUAUUGCAACAUUUAUUUGUCGAUUAUAGUCCAGAUCAAAUUUGUAAUCUUGUCAUUGAAACAUACGAACAAUUGAAUAUAUCUAUUGAUAACGAAGAAGAUAAUAAUAGACGACAGAAUGUUAUUGAUCAUUGUCAAGCACGAUUACUUCGCACCAGUUCAUUUGAUCUACCUUUAGCUCUUUCCCUCGAAGAAACUCGUGAGAAUCAAAAUAUAAUUGAUCAAUACUACGAUGUUCAUCAAUCAAUUAAUUUUGCCAAACUUAUUCAACAAUCACUUGAAAAUGAGACUAAUAUUAUUCCUCGUGUUAUCUACACAUAUACACAAAUGUUUCACACGAUUAAUGAGUUGCCUAAUAAUGUCGAAGAGAUCAAAUUGAGUGCUUUUAAGACAGAACUUGAACUGACCAAUAGAAUCAAACAGCAUUAUCAAGCAUCAACAAAUAUUCGUCUUCUUUUAAUUCGAGUUGAUUAUCACAAUGAACAUCAACAUAUACUCUCACUUAAACAUGUUUUACUCAAUGAACAUGUGAAUAAAAAUGAUCGAUGUGUUUGGUUAAUAUUUCACUUGCAAAGAAACUUACUCAAUCAAAUUAAUAAUGAUGUCUUAUUUAACAAAUGGCCUGCUGAUAUGAUUGAUGAUCUCAAUAAUCAUCAAUUUAUUCCAAAAGAAAUACUCAACAAUCCUUCAUAUCAUGAUUUGGUUCUUCAACCACAAUAUAUUCUUACUGAAUGCAUAUUUGACGACCUUAUUGACCGAUGCUUAUCAAAAUUUCGCUAUAUCGUUCCACACAAAAACGACGAACGACUAAUUAAUACAAGGCGUGAGAAAAAUUUUCAACAAAUUAUUCGACCCAAGGAUAAAUCAAGAUCGAGUGAGCUCCAUCUUCGUUCGAUUGUAGAAACAAAUUUGAAGACACUAAUAAACAAGAUUAAAGUCUCUGAUAACAGACGUUUCACUGACUGGCGCCUUGAUCUCCUAACAAAUGGUAAAACGAUUGCUGGAUCUCGCUCAUUUGAUGAUGCUUUUCAAGCAACUAUUUCAACUUUUCACGAAUCAUAUCUCUUUCUGCUUGUGGCUCAUCUUGAACAGCAUAAUUUUAUCGAUGCAUAUAACUUCGUUUCGAAUGUUACCGAUAAAAAUAUUCAAAAAGAUUUAGAAAAAAUGUGGAAGAAUUGUUUCGAAACGACUCUGGAAAAUAUUGACUUGACAAUAAUAGAUCGUGAUAUGAUUGAAAUUCAUCUUGUUUUCGAUCUGCGAUUACCUCGUGCAGCAAUCGAGUACGAAAAUAUUCGAACAAUUCGCGACAAGCUCCUACAAUUAGAAGAAAAUGAUAAUGAGUCGUUUGUUCCCUUAAAUUUUGCUAUUGAUCAAUUGAAGAGAACAAGUGUCUAUGGUACAGAUUUUAUAGAACUUAUUUUCGUCGAUCGUCAUUUCUUUGAAUUUUAUAUUCAUGAUCAAAUUGCCUUACAUCUUAAAGAGACAAAUAUUUAUCUUUCACCAAAAUUUGUUCUGGAUCUACUAGUAAGCAAUCCGACUUAUACAAUCGAGCAAAAUGCACAACUAUUUCUUGCACAACAUGCUGAAUUCACAGAAAUUCUUCGUUUAUUCGAAAUUGGUCUACAGUUAGUUAGCGAAGAAGAAAUUCGUAAUAGCAUUCAAAAGCAAUUGAUCGAAAAUCCUACUGGCAAUAUCAAACUUUCGAAUUUUUAUACGCUCGUCAUAGCUAAGCAACAGUUCUAUCAGCUUCCACCACAAACAACAACAAUUGAUGAUAAAUGGGCAUUUAAAUGUAAAGGAAAUCCGAUGAUUGAAACAACUUUGAUGAAUUUAAUUGAAUUAAUUCUUUCGUCACCGGUUAUCAAUCGUGCAAAUAGUAUUCAGCAAGUUACAACAAUCUACAGUUUAAUAGCACAGAGCGCUCGUGAUCUACCAUCGUAUUUGAUCAAUAAUCUUGAAAAACUUCGUUCAUUUAUCAGUCUUAUUCGUUGUCUCACUGCUCUACUUCCUGAUAAAGCUCUUGAUGUUUUCAAACAUGUUUGUAGUCAAGGUUUCGAUGGUAGAUUCGACUCAUGCCAGUCGAUUCAUUUGUUUAUUACGCAUCUACAAGACAUCAUCAAAAAAGAAAGACCCACAGUUGAUCAGAAUGUUAUCCAUCGAACAUUAGUUAAACUUGAGGUCGAAUUCUUGAAAGAUUGGUUAGCCGAUAAUGGUGAUUCAUAUGGUGAAAUUCUAAGUCUAAUGAAUCAAGAUGAUAAUGAUCUAUGGCAUUAUUCAGCCAAAUUCUUUACAUAUAUCGAUCGAAAACUUGAUUUACUCGUAACAUUAAAAGAAAACAAUGGAAAUUUACCUUUCAAUGAUCAAUACGAACAAUUUAAUAAUUUCCUCGAAAGAACAAAAAAUCCAACUUUCAAAAUAGAAAGAUUGAUGAUGAAUCGGCUCCAUAUGAACUUGAUGCGGGAUGCUUCAGGACACGAAAUCGAGAAGCAACUAACGGAGUAUUUUGAACAUUUUCGACAGAAUUUGCAUGAAAUCCAAAAUACACAAAAAGUAGACGAUAUAAAAUCUAUCUCCAUGCUUGCUUGGCUCAAAUACUAUGCUCAAAUGUAUGGAUUCGCUUUGAAUGUUGACAACGGAGCAGAUAUUCUACCUAGAAUCGAUCAGCUACUAACGAACAUCGCUACUCCAUUUUGUUCAACACUGAAACUAUUCAUUCUUAAGCAAAUGCUACAAAUAUCAGGACUUAAUCUAAAUGAUAUGCGUACGAUCUACACAAAUCGUAAUGUUAUUUGGAUUAAACCAUUGCUUGAGCGCCCUCGAGAUCAACAAGCUCAAAAUAUUCGUCGAGUUCUUAUUUUGCCAACUACUCUUUUUGAAUGUCAGAAUGAAUUCAAACGAGCUAGCGAAAUUCUCAAUGAAGUGAACAAAACCAAUGAGUUACGUCAGCUGAUUGCCCACUGUAGUACAUCCCAAAAGCUUAGUUAUGCCGUUUUGUGUUGGUUUAUUCAAUACUACUGCCGGUUUAAUGAACCAACCACAACAGUUGAUGAUCCUUUUGUUCAGGAUAUCGAUCGUAAUUUGAGCAAAGAUAUUAUCUAUUCAUUUACACAAUUAGGACACAGAUUUCUCGUUUCUUUAUGCUCGAAUUUUUCAGAAAAUUCUUAUUUUCGUCUUCAUCCUGCCAUGCCACCGAACGAAAUUCAUAAACGUUUAGUUGCUUUAAAUAUUGUCGCUUUCUUUAUAUCCUUAAAAUCAUUACCAGAAAUAACUUAUCUCGGAAAUAUUCUUUUUACUAAUCAGCGUCAAAUCCCUAACAAUUACGGUGCGCAUCUUUCAACUGUAUGUUUACCCGGUAUGACAAUCAGUGAUCCUAUCAUCACUCAAAUGAUAGAUGUUCGUACUCAAAUUCAAGAUCGUCUCAAUCGAGGUGUUAUACACGCUGGAGGAAAAUACAUUUUUCAAUGUUCACGAGAUUGUCCAUGGAUGUUCUAUUUUCAAGAUUGUGGCCUUCCAAACGAUCGUAAUACAUGCUCAUUGUGCAAGAAACCGAUCGGUGCUGAACGACACAAUGUUCUCAUCCAACGUGAUCCUCCUCAAAUCCAAAUGUCCAUUGAUGAAGGCUUCCGAGCAAUUAAUCAAUAUAUCGAUCGAUACAAUAUGACAGCUCGUCUCGGAUAUCAUAAUGUUAAUACUCAUGAAAUGAGUAAUAUCGGAGAAAAACCUGAUCAUUUGAAUCGACCUGUUUCAUUUCGUUUUAUUCAUUUUCUCACCCAUAGUCUUCUACUUUUUUUGCACGAUGCCAAUUAUUUGACCGAUGGUGAUAUGAAACAACGUUUCAAACUACCGAAAACCACACAUUUUCGUGAUCAUUUUGAAAAAGAUUACGCUCUUCUACUUCAAUCAUCGACCGAUAGCAAACAAUGUUAUAUUUGGUUAUAUAAACUCGUCGAGCAUCUUGUCAAUGACGAAUUAGUUAAACGCGACGUUAUGAACACAAAUGAACGCGUUCUUCAAAUAGAACAACUUAUUGAACAGAAAAUCAUCUUUGCGCAUAUCGAUUCCAUAACUACUGAGAUCGCGGAAUACAAGAAAGCCUAUGCUGAAUUCAUUCAAGAACGUGAUUCGAAACCAUCUAUAGAAAGUUUCGUCGAUGAACUGUUUGAAGAUGAACAACAAUAUCCUCUUUUAACCUUUUUUAAUGUCACCACGUUUCAUACAACCAAUCCUCUUGACGCAUUCAUUUUGAAAAUGCAAACACUUCCCUAUGCUGAAAAAUCCUAUCCAAUCACGACGUUUCUUUUUAAACGUUUUGAAGAUUAUGUCAAUAUUCAACAUCUUUAUCCGAUCAUUGUCUUUACAAAUUAUCUUAUUGAAAAACUCAACUAUCGUAUCAAACGAAUUGAUGCCGCUGAAACGAAAAUUAUUCAUUAUUUAACAACGGGGAAUGAUCAACAUGUAAUGAAACAAUACUACGAUGCUUAUUUACAUGCUUGGUAUUCAUUAAAACUAAAAGAAGUUCGCUAUGGAUGUCAAACGCCUAAAUUCGAACGGACUGUCGCAAAGGAACACUUCGCCGAAUCUACUAGCAUUGCAACACUCCUAUUGAAUACAUCGAAAGAUGAAAGUAGUCUUCUUCUUGCGGCGUCUAUCAAAACUAUUGCUGACUUACAAAAUGAAAUCGUCAAUUACUUUCACAAUAAUAUUAAUAACGUUAUCAGUACCGAAACAAAACGCAAAAAAAUACCACUGCAAUCGAUUCAGUUGGAAAAUAUUCUUCGUCUUGAUCGAAUUGAAUUAAGCGAAAAAUUAGUCGAUGAUAGUCUUGUCAUUAACUAUCAAUAUGGCAAAGGUAGAGAUAUCAUUUAUGAUUAUGAAGAAAUCGAAAUAACACUUCGAAAUAUGAUCAGCUCUUUGGCAUUGAUUGAUACCGAAAAAUUACGCUUUCUCAACUAUCAAUUUGAAUUGUAUGGCGAAAAUACGUCUCUCAUCAAUGAUGUGCGUGCUCGUAUCAAACAACAACAAAUGACAAAUGAUGAACGAAUUAAAUUACAGCGCCUUCUUCGAGCCAUGAGUAACGAUGAUAUUCUUAAUUAUCUCGGCUCAGUUGACUACGUGUUUACCUAUUUACGAAAUAGUGUACCGGAGACUGCUUCAGAGACUACAACGAUUCAAACAUUCGUCGAAAAUCAUAUCCACUCAUAUGCAUGUUUAAAUGAUAAUAUUCUUAGUCGACCACCGUUUUCCACAAUUCAAUUGCAGUAUAUCAUUGAUUUGUAUGAAACAAUUGAAGAGAACGCUUUUGAUAAAGUAUUACGUGCUUACGUGAAGAAAGAACUCACAGAAGAAACAUUUACGGACGAAGAACGUGAACGUGUCCGCCGUGAAUUUUCUCGUAUGACAUUUGAAAAAGAAACAAUUGCUAAAACAUUGAAAAGUGUCGAUAGUUGGAUUUCCAUGCUCAGGCGACUGAUGAUUCGCGUGUUGAAUGCUAAUAUUAGUCUUGAUGUUCCAUUACAGCUCUAUCUUGAACGAACCGAUCUAUGGAGUGAUCGUGUCAGUGAUCUCGAUUUGGAAACAUUUCAAGUCGAUGAUGAUAUCCUUCUUCAACAUACCUAUGUCAUCUUACGAGGUUUAGAAAAAAAACAAGAGACAAAUAAUAAGUUGCCACAACAACAGCAACAAAAAACAUCCGAAAUUCAAAGUAAAGAAGGAGAGCAAGAAAACUUUCAGACUUGGUUCGGAAAUACAGCUAAAGUGGCAACUAAACCUAAAGUAUUGAAACCGAAGAUUCGUGUGUGA